GGUUUGAACAUGAUCCGAAAUGGUGUGUGGUUGGUGGGCGUUAACCGUGUGCUGCACAUUCACAGAUGAAAGUGCGUCUUGUCUUUUUUUUUAAACUUCCUGUCAGUUGAGCCCCUGACGGAGGAAACCACUCUCCAGUGCUGCUGUUGAACCGGUGACCUAAUGAUCUGCUCAGCGUCUCUGUUGCAUCUCAGGUGGAAUAUCGACGCGUUUGUGAACCGCAGCUGGAAAAGCUGUGAGUGUGUCUCAAAUGUCCGCAGCAGUGACUCCCUCCAGUCCCUCCAGCCUCGCGGCGCAGGCCGUCGUCCGCUUCCAGCUGGGUCUGUUCAGGGAGGUGGUUCGAGUCCCGGCCGGGAACCUGAGCUACCACUAUGCUAAGAGACUGGCUGCUGAGGUCAUCGAGCGCAAGGCUCCUGACUGUAGUGUGGUGGGUGCUGGCGAGAAGCUCCUCCUCUUCAGACAUCAGCCCGCUUCUGAGCAGCUGCUGCAUCGCCUGACGGAUGACGACGCACUGCAGGACGGAGACUUCAUCGAGGUCAUCGUCGCAGGGUCGGCCUCUGUGACGGAGGUCCGCAUGCGUCCUCACUCUCUGGUCGUCCACUCUUACCGGACGCCGACGUUCUGUCACCACUGUGGAGAAAUGCUGUGGGGCCUCGUCAGACAAGGGCUCAAAUGUGACGGUUGUGGGUUAGAUUUCCACAAACGUUGUGCCUUCCUGUUGCCAAACGACUGCAGUCGAGCUCGUCGUCAGGUCAGCACCAGCUUCUCUCUGUUUCCUCCCCGGCGACCGCGAGCUCUCUCUCUCUCCACUCAGGCUGGAGGAAGUCUGGAAGAGAUCAGCAUGUCCAAGCCCUCGUCCAGACCUGUGUCGUGGGCGGAGCCACCGGUGUGGCUGGGCGUCGGCCGCGGCGACUGGAACCGGCCUAGGGUUCCUCACACCUUCCACAUCCACAGCUACACCAAGCCCACGGUGUGUCAGCACUGUCACCGGCUGCUCAAAGGCCUCUUCAGACAGGGACUGCAGUGCUCGGACUGCAGGUUUAACUGCCAUCACCGCUGCAGAACCUCCGUGGCCAGAGACUGUCCAGGAGAGAGGAGAGGCGUGAACGGGAAAGAAUCCUCAGCAGCCAGCCAGAGCUCCGUGAACCUCGAGGACAAUGAGUCGGAGCUGACCAGUAUGACGUCCCUGUCCGACUGCGACGAUGACGACAUGUCCACUGACUCACUCGCUGAGACGAAGGACGACGAUGACGACGGCGGCGGCGACGACGAGCAGCAGCGUGAGCCAAUGAGUCCGUGUUUCAGCAGCAACAUCCCACUGAUGAGACUCGUCCAGUCGGUGCAUCACACCAAGAGGCGAGGGGGCGGAGUCCUGAGAGAGGGAUGGCUGCUGCAUCACACCAACACUGACCCACUGAGGAAACGUCAUUACUGGAUCGUGGACUGGAAGAGCAUUACUCUUUAUCAGAACGAGAACAGCACCAAGUACUACAAGGAGAUCCCGCUGUGUGAGGUGCUGCAGGUGCGAGGCCCCGCCCACCUCUGCAUGCCCGUGUUGCCGGGCAACUGUGCCCACUCCUUUGAGGUGGUGACGUCAUCGCUGGUGUUCUGUGUGUCAGACGACGACAGCGGAGGAGGAGCGCCGCUGUGGCAGAGCGCCAUCCGCCAGGGUCUGAUGCCUGUGGAGAGCAACGGACGGGGAGGAGGAGGAGGAGGAGGAGUUGAGGAAGAGGAGCAUGAUUCAAGUUCACACACAGACAGUCCGGAUAUUAGCUCCAUGUAUCAGAUCUUCACAGACGAGGUUCUGGGUUCAGGACAGUUUGGAGUCGUGUACAGAGGGACUCACAGGAAGUCUGGUCGACUCGUCGCCAUCAAAGUCAUCGACAAGACACGUUUUCCCACCAAUCAAGAACAACAGCUGAGGAACGAAGCCUCCAUUUUACAGGCCCUGUCUCACCCGGGCGUGGUUCUGUUGGAGGGGAUGUUCGAGACGGUCCAGCACGUCUUUGUCGUCAUGGAGAAGCUCCACGGAGACAUGCUGGAGAUGAUUCUGUCCAGCGAGAAAGGACGACUCCCCGAACGCAUCACUCGCUUCCUGGUCACGCAGAUAUUGGAGGCGCUGCGUUACCUGCACUUCAAACACAUCGCUCACUGUGACCUCAAACCUGAGAACGUUCUCCUGACCUCGGCCGACGCUUUCCCUCAGGUGAAACUGUGCGACUUCGGCUUCGCCCGCAUCAUCGGCGAGAAGUCGUUCCGCCGCUCAGUGGUGGGGACGCCGGCGUACCUGGCCCCGGAGGUGAUCAGCAGCUGCGGCUACAACCGCUCCCUGGACAUGUGGUCGGUGGGCGUGAUAAUGUAUGUGAGCCUGAGCGGGACGUUCCCCUUCAACGAGGACGAGGACAUCAAGCAGCAGAUCACCAACGCCGCCUUCAUGUACCCGCGGCAAACCUGGGCCUCCGUCUCACUGCAGGCCGUGAGUCUCAUCAAUAACCUGCUGCAGGUGUCGCUGAGGAGACGCUUCAGUGUGGGCAAAGCUCUGGCUCAUCCUUGGCUGCAGGACUUCCAGCUGUGGUGUGACCUGUGUGAGUUUGAACAGAGGAUGGGCCUCAGGUACCUGACGCACCUUGGGGACGAAGAGCGCUGGACACGCUACGCCCGAGAGAAAGGCCUGGACUUCCCGUCCCACCUCUGCUGGAACCCUAACUACCAAGUGGACACAUGACCUCCAUGCUGGGGUUAAAGGUCAGAGAGUUUUUUGGUUUUUUUAUAUCGUUUGUUUCAAAUAUCGUUAUUCAUGUGUUUGGGAUGUCGGGAGUAAAAUCUUUGUUGAGGGAACUGAAGGCGAAAGAAUUUAAAUGAAAAUAAUGCGAGACAAAAUUUGUCUUAAAGCUGUUGUGCGUAACUUUUGAAAAUAAUCUGUUAACGAGUAUUGAAUCAGUUCAGGAAGUUACUUGUUUACAUCGAGACGGAUGGAACAUUGUGCGAGUAAAGCGAAACGACCGCAAACAGGUCGGAAUUUGAUGGAAAAAAACACCCAGUUCAGCAGUUUAACAGGAUACACGCUUCUUGUCCCCGCCCACCCCUGCUCUGCUGCUGUAUAUACACAAACGCACCCUCAGUCAGGUCUGGUAGAUGAAACAAAUUAGUUCUGCUCACGAAAAAGCAAACAGACAGAAUAUCAACAAAAGUUACGCACUGCAGCUUGAAAAAUGAAGACAAAGUUUAAAAAAACAACAACACAAACUGCUGUUUAGUAAUAUAGUUUUCCUUUUUUAUUCCAAGUUGAACUUUAAAGUGAAACUGUUAUUUGUGACGUCAGGGAUUGACACAGUGGGUUUUAAGAUGAUGUGGAGGAAAAGAAUGAAGCAGAAACGAAGAGGGAAGAA